CCACGCAACAGUGUUCGGUGAUCUUUCGUCUCCGAUCGGCAGACAUCAUCGGGCUUUCGUUCUUUCUCUUCUUGAAUUGGCGUUGUAGUAUUUCGAUCUCUAUACGAUUCCUUUAUCUCCUUAGAACUCAAGAGUAGAACAGAUGCAGUUGCAAUUUGCUUCAAAGAUUACGGCGCCGAGAAGCUCCAACACAACAUCUGUAACUACGGCGUCGACUCAUUCAUCGCAGUUUUGACUUCCUCAUGCUUGGGGAUGUCUAUCCCCACCGUCCAAUCUCGAUCUGAAGGAUGAAACGGUUCGAUCGGGCGCAUACCGUUGUGCGGCCUAAAUUAGUGGACGGCUCCUGAUGAAUAUUGUGAGUUCUAUUUGAAAGUAAAGCUGGAGAGGAUCCGCAUCAGGUGAUUCUCGAGGAGUGGUUCCCGUGCCGCCGCUGAUUCGGUUGCGGGCCGCAAUAGCUAAUCGCAUCAUCACGUCAUUGGCUUAGGGUUGUCGUUUAGAGAAUUGCCUUUGGUUUCGUCUGUUGAAGCGAUGAUCCGAUCCUAACUUCCCGAUCUACACGCGCUCGCUACCAUCGGCCUUUUCAUCGCCUGAAUCGCUGCCGACGGAUCCUCUCUCGUGGUCGACAGUCUUGCCGAUACUUCGAUUUCGGUCCUCCUCCGUUUUCGUGGUUCUAGGAGGGCUGCAAAACUAUUCAGGAACAGAUUUAUGUCGAUUUUAGUGAAUCAGUCAUCCGUUUUGGGUCCAGAAUUGACUGAUGAUGUAGAGGUUGCUCUGCUGUCUGCAGUCGAUGAUGACCAUGGAGGUGUCAUUGUUGAAUUGAAGGAACCAAUGGACCCUGCAGCUUUCCAUACUUCGUUAAGAGCAUCUAUAAGUAAUUGGAAGAAGCAGGGAAUAAAAGGUGCUUGGAUUAAAUUGCCUAUUCAACUUGCAAAUCUUGUUGAAGCUUGUGUUAAGGAGGGAUUUUGGUACCACCAUGCUGAACCCAGUUACUUGAUGCUUGUUUGUUGGCUUCCUAAUACCGAACAUACCAUACCUGUAAAUGCCUCACAUAGAGUGGGAGUUGGAGCUUUUGUAAUGAAUGAUAAAAGAGAGGUUUUGGUGGUCCAAGAAAAGAAUGGCAUACUUAGAGGUUUAGGUCUGUGGAAGUUUCCCACAGGAGUUGUUGAACAAGGUGAAGAUAUUCAUGCUGGAGUAAUAAGGGAAGUAAAAGAAGAGACAGGAAUUUACACUGAAUUUAUUGAAGUUCUUGCAUUCAGGCAGAGCCACAAGUCGUUCUUUGGGAAGUCAGAUUUAUUCUUUGUGUGCAUGUUACGCCCUCUUUCACACGACAUUUAUCCUCAAGAAUUAGAGAUCGAAGCUGCCCAGUGGAUGCCAGUGGAGGAAUAUGCAGCACAACCUCUCGUCCAGAAACAUGAGCUAUUAAAGUAUAUUCUUGAUGUCGGCAUGGCAAAGAUCGACAAGGGCUAUUCUGGCUUCUCGCCAGUUUCCGUCAAGGCACCAUUCUCUGGUUCACAGGGCCAUCUCUAUCUAAACAGCAGGGACUUGAACCUGCCAAGAACUGUCAACAUGUCUUAGGGAUGUUAAUUGUCUGUGAGUUCAUUAUAUUCAUGCUUCUUCAUUAUUCUCUAGUCACAUGCAAUUUCUCGUACAUUAUUAGGCGAUACAUAACUUUCUGUAAGUUGGAACCAUAACUUUCCUUUCAGAUGUAAUUGGAUGAUUUAAUGACGCAUGAAGAUAAUGUGACUGCA